AAAUCAGUUUUACCCCAUCCGGAUACUUUCAAAUCUGCAGUACAGCGCAUGCGCUCAAGAUGCACUGCUUCUGUCACCUGCUGCUGCUGGGGCUGCAGACCAGAGACGACCUACAGUGUUGUCUCAAUUUCCCCCCUGUGAAAUCCUGCAGUCUUCCUGUCUAGGGACGGGACAGCGACGGGUGUACAAAGCAGAGAGAUAGCUGAUUGUUCCGGACACAGCCGAGGAGGCCCGAUGACUACGAACUGUUGACCUAGCUCAGUGGGCUAAUCGGGCUAGUCUAGCUAAUGCAUUAAGCGUGCAAGCCCAUCGAUGUUUGUUGAUCUUCUCCUGGCUGUGUUUUCAGUGACUCAUAUCAGGGUGCAUUGCUGAUGUAAUGCUAGAGGAAUAGGCUGUAGGGCACUUAGCCUUCCAUGGCUGUUAGCACCAUGGACUCCGAGUCAGCCCGGACCCCUCAGCCUCAGGCUGCCCUGACCAAAGGAGGGCGCUCCCUGCUGCCUUUUGAUACCCUUAGUGCCAAGCUGGGCCCUCAAGGGAAGCAUUAUGUCUGUGGUUCUGUUGCAGCUUUCAGCAACAUCAUGGUGACUUUCCCCAUCCAGAAGGUGCUUUUCCGCCAGCAGCUUCACGGUGUUUUGGCCACUGAGGCGGUACGACAGCUCCAGAGGGAUGGGCUGAGAAAUCUUUACCGGGGCCUGCUGCCCCCACUGCUUCAAAAGAGCACUACAGUGGCCAUCAUGUUUGGUCUGUACCAGGACUUCUCCAGAGUCUUACUGGACUAUGCAGGCGGCAGCGGCGUGCCAGAGCUGAUCACACGAAGCUUUGCUGCAGCGUUAGCUGGAACUGCAGAGGCAAUUUUGACACCGUUUGAGCGUGUGCAGACUCUCCUACAAGACCAUCGACACCACGGCCGCUUCAACAACACAGCUCACACCUUCCGAACUCUUCUGACAGAGCAUGGUAUCAGGGAGUGGUACCGUGGCCUCGUGCCUAUUCUCCUCCGUAAUGGCCCGAGCAAUGUGCUCUUUUUUGGGCUGCGUGGACCCAUUAAGGAGCAGCUCCCAGAAGCCAAGAGCCGGGCAGGUCACAUGGUGAAUGAUUUUGUUUGUGGAGGGUUGCUCGGGGCGGCCCUUGGCAUCAUGUUUUAUCCAUUAAAUGUUGUUAAGUCCCGUGCUCAGUCUCAGGUGGGUGGAGCCUUCCAGCCUUGUGGACAGGUGCUGCUAACAGUGUGGAGAGAAAGAGGCAGCAGUGUGGUCAUGCUCUUCAGAGGAGCUCAUCUCAACUACCACCGCUCACUGCUCUCUUGGGGGAUCAUCAACGCCACCUACGAGCUGCUGUUAAAGCUCUUAUGAGACGGGGGUUGGAGAUGAGAAAAUGAAGAUCUAAAGAAAGAGAGUAUUUAAAGGGAAAACAUGUGCAGAGUGAUAGUGUCCGUCUUGUGAAGAAAGGAUAUCAUAAAGUAAAGUAGAUACACUUGGUAUCUGCAUUGUGUUGUGGAUGCUAGGUUCUGUGACUGAGAGAGAGCAGCAAAGUUGCACUUCUGACCGUUGGGGGCCAACACUCAAUUUGAGUCAAACUAACCUGCCACAUACCGUAACCAUUUCCUGUUUAAAACACAAUAUAUACGCUUUAGCCUACAUAAAACUUGUGCCGGGGUCCAAUUGAAACACCCUUGUUUGCUCUGUGUUAAAAAAUUCAGGAGUACAAACUGAACUCCAGUGCUUUUUUUUCCCACAGUUACAAGCAAAGGUUACAUGACUGGAUAAAGUGUUUUGUAGGAGAUGCUGUUUCUUCAUAUUUGCCGUGUGCUGUGAUGUUCUGUAGACAAUGUAUGUGUGUCUAUUUGACCAAGAGCACACUCUCUCUGAGGUUGUAUUCUGCCACUUAACUCAAAACACUUUUGUACUUUUUGACCAUUUAAAUACCCCACGUAUUACUCUCAAGUCAGGUGUUGGUUGCUUUAUUUUGCUUUUUUUUUUGCUUCAUCCUUACCUAGUUGGUCCAUACGUUGUUGAGAUCAAAAAGAUAAUACUAAUAAUAAUUACUGAAAUGAUCAUAGGUCUUGCUAAUGCUGAGUAUCAGACAAAGGCUGGCUGUUUUCAAUGGUUUCUCCAGUCACGUGAUUCAUCUUUGCCAAUUGGAACUUAAAUGUUUUGUCUAAGCUUUUUGUUUUGGUUAUUUUAUGAAUUGUGUGGCAGGAUGUAUGUGUUAUUUGAAUUUUGAGAAGUGCCCAUUGAUAUAUAUAUAUAUAUAUAUGUAUAUAUAUACAUAUAUGUCAGUAAAACAAACAGCCACACCCAGGUCUUGUCUGUUUUUAUAAUUUAUUGUGAAAGAGAGAAACAAUUUUGAUUUUUGUAGAACGAAAAUAAUCCCACAGAAAAUGUUUGCUUUUGGUGUUGGGUUAAAAAUUUUGAACAAACCCUUGCAGUCUCAGAAAAAGAUCCUGUAAAUUUGACAUUGAGCUGCCUCUGCUUUUGUUCAAUUCUCAGUUAUUGUUCAGUUAUUGAGUCCCCCCAUUUAAAAGAAAAAAAAAAAGAAAUCUUACACCUUGAUUUACACAUCCUUCUCUCUCACACUGCCUACUCUUUUAUAAUGUUCCUUAUCUCACGCUUGCUCUCCUCCCUGUCUGUAACAUCUGUUGACAUAAUGGGCUCAGAUUUCAAGCUUGAGUAGACGCAGUCACCACGCAGCCGCUCUGGCUGGGUACAACAGCCCGAAGAGGAAAGGCAUGCUGCUUGGACACUGAGAGAGAGAGACUGAACAGUAAUGGUGCUGAGAGAAGACAGGCGCAGAGGGUAAUAUUCACUGGCACAAAAAGCUCAAGCUGCCAUGUAAAUGGAUCACUUGGCCUAUUUCUUCAAUUCUUUUUUUUCUUUGUCAGUCCGCUGUGUGCUGUUUCAUGAAAUGUGUUCAGGAUUAUCUGGGAAGAACUUUGUAUUCAGGGAGGCUUUGAAAGGGGGAAACCUCACAGAUAUUAAAUUACACUGUUUAUUUUAACCUUUUUUUUUCUCAAAAGCACAAGUCACUGACUUCAUCUACAGUUGCAAACAAAUGAAAUGUUUAAGUCAACCCAUUAAAACGUGUUGAUAUGGA